UCCUCUUUGCACUGUUUUCUUUUCCUAUCACACCAGGGAGAGAGCUGUCUUUGACUGAGGCUAGAGACGGUUGAUAACAAAACGUUCCCACGCACUCAGACGAUAGAGGUUAUGAUGGCAAAGAAGCCCCCCAAGGCGGCCCCUCGGCGAAUUUUCCAGGAGAGAAUGAGGAUCACCUCCCUGCCCUUGUACUUUGAAGGAUAUUUGUUAGUGAAGCGGGCAGAGCACCAGGAAUUUAAACACUAUUGGACAGAACUGAGAGGAACUACCCUUUUUUUUUACAUUGACAAAAAAAAUCCAACUUAUAUUGACAAAUUAGACCUGACAGAUCUUACAUGCCUUACUGAUCAGAAUCCGACUGAGAAGUGCUGUGCAAGAUUCCUUUUGGUACUGCCCAAGGAAGAAGUAGAACUGAAGACAGAGAACAUAGAAAGUGGGGAGGAGUGGAGAGGCUUUAUUCUUACUAUUACAGAGUUAUCAGUCCCUCAGCAUGUAUCACUGCUACCUGGACAAAUGAUCAGACUGCAUGAAGUCUUAGAGAGAGAAAAGAAAAGAAGGAUUGAGAUUGAGGGACCACCCAACAUACCUUUGAGAAAAGACAAGCAACCAGUUGGGGAGUAUGUGGACAUCCUGAACCCUAUGCCACCGUGCUUUUACUCAGUGUCUCGGAAAGAAGCAACCGAAAUGCUAGAGAAGAACCCUUCUUCGGGAAAUAUGAUCCUGAGGCCUGGUAGUGACAGUAGGAACUAUUCCAUUACCAUCAGACAGGAAAUAGACACUCCAAGAAUAAAGCACUACAGAGUGGUGAGCGUAGGAGCCAACUACACUAUUGAACUGGAAAAACCAGUGACACUACCCAACCUCUUCAGUGUCAUUGAUUAUUUUGUGAAGGAAACUCGAGGAAACCUAAGACCAUUUAUAUAUUCCACUGAUGAAAAUCUUGGACAUACAAAGGCAGACUCACCAAUCAAAAUUUCCCCAUGGAGGCAAGAGCAACCUCUUGUGAGACCAGUGGUCAAAAAUGCUGUUAGGCCUCAUGUGAAUGAUUACCUGAAUGAAUUUCCAGGCUAAGAAUCCAAUAAAAUGAGAAAGCAGAAGGAAAUGGAAGAAAAAAGUGGACACUGACUAAAAUAAAAUUAUAAAUCAGCCUGCCUGAUCUUGGGAAAAUCUAUUUCAAAAAUUCUUUCUUGCAAGGAAAUUCCUUGGUGUCUUCUGAUUCUGGGUGACAAAAAGUUACACCCAAGCAUUAUACAUGUAGAAUGUUGUCUUGGUAGAGUUAUCUUCUUACAAGGAUGAUACAGAAUACUACUAUGAAGGGUCUUUAGGGGAUGCACACAUUUUCCACAUGCUUUUAUAAGCUGACAUUAAUCUCUGUAAAUGAACUUUGAAUACUCUCUUUGUGGGGGCUUGGUUAGUCUAUAUGAAUUUCCACAUACCAUUUUCCCAAAAGAUUUUCUUUAAACUAUGGUAGUUCCUAUGCUGUGAAGUUUGAUUUGAACUUGAACUUUCCAAGUAGAAACAUUUUAAUUGACCAGAUAGGGAAGCAUCUGAUCAUUAAGAUGAAAAAACAUUUUAACCAGGGUGAGAGGACCAUAGCUCCCUGUCUCCAUUAUUUAAAAUAAAUGGGCCUUACCUACUUUGCAUAUUUUUCCCUUAUUUUAUCAUCUCAAAGGAUUUCAGACUCAUUGUGUUAAAGUAUUUCAGAGAUCAACUAAUUCAACUGCCUCAUUUUUCAGAUAACUGAGACUGAAUGUUUUGACAUGUCUAAUGUCACAUUAGAGAAUUAGGUUAUCUAUAGUUUCUUACCUUAUGGCAUGGAAUCAUUUAUAAGGUGGGGAGGGCAAUGGAGAGACUGGUAAUGGAAUCUAAAAUUGCAAAGCUCUCUAAAAAGUUAUUUGCAGGUGGCGCAAAUUCACAAUUUGAGGCACUUUUGAAUUCUACUAGAUGGACGUCUUAAAUUCUACUUGCUUUUCGGUUCCCAAGUUCUAUUGUGAUGAUCAGAGGAGGACUGAAGCUACUGGAAAAAAAAAA